AUGUCAGAUUGCGCAUAUGCGGUCUUCCGUCCUUUUCCUUUGACGCCGAAACCUGCGUUUCUUGCAGACCCGGGAGGGUUUCUCGGUGCUCACGGUUCUUCUGGGUGGGUCAACAGCUGUGAGGAGUUUGUCAUGUGCAUUGAUAGCUCACAUAUUCUCAAUUCCGAGGUGCAUUUGCGGGCGACGACCACUCCCGAUACCACACCGAACACCAUCUUUGAUCAAAAAGAGGGUCAGAGCCGCAACUCCAAGUUCAAAUCCGAGACAGAUCUUGUCAGUGUCAGUUGA